UCGGAGGAAGAUCUGGAUUCCGCUCAACUCAGACUCAGACGAGUUCAACCCAUGAAGACCCCAGCAGGCAUCAGCUGACAGCAGGUGAAGGUCAAAGAAACCUUGGAAAGAAUAACAAGAACAGAGUAAAAUGCUGAUCACUCUAAUACGUCACGGUGAAACCGAUGACAAUCGAAAUCAAAUCAUUCAAGGACAUAAGGAUACCCCUUUGAAUGAGCUGGGUAUUCAGCAAGCUCGAUUGACCGGUCAAUUUCUACACCAGUCUCAGAUUGGAUUCGAUCAGAUUUGGUCUAGCGAUUUACAACGGGCUCAGAAGACAGCCCAAGUAAUCUCUGAACAAAUCAAGGAUCCACCAUCCCUAAAAACCGACCCACGGUUACGAGAAAGAUUCUUAGGUGACUUGGAAGGUAAACCAAGAGAACCUAGAAACAGUCGAGUCAACUCACAAUCCGCAGAACCGCCUCACUCAGUACUCUCAAGAUUACUAGAUUUUUGGAAUGAUCAGAUCAUCAACAGUCCCAACACCGAUCGAGUUUUGAUUGUCAGUCAUGGUGGAGCACUACGAUCGUUAAUCGAAUCAGGAUUGAUCAACCGUCUAGGUUAUCAAACUCCAACGGAUUACUCGGGGGAUUGCAGCUUUGCUAAUUGUUCAAUCACUACUGUCGAAAUCACCAGCCAGUCUAAAUCAAUCAAAUCCAUCGCAAGCGUCGAUCAUCUUCAAGGCAAAAUCCAGGCUUCCAACCUCAACGCUGAUGAUCUCAACAGUCAAGCCUAGUUCAGCCUUUUUUUAAAAAUCCAAAGCACCAAGUAGAUUGAUUCUUCAUCCUGGUAUUGUUCAGUUGUCCAUCUUUGACACAUCAGAACAAAAUAAAAUAGAGCUUGCUUGUAUUGCCUUGGCUUUUGGUUGAUUUGUUCCUUUUUUUCUCUUGCAUUUUUUUCCAUCACAGCCUUGCAUUGAAAAGAUUGUAAAAAGCUGAAAGAAUACUUUGAGCUGAUGACCGAAUAGAUCAAUGUACAUGAUACAAAGGUGAAA